AAUUCCGUACAUGUAAUAUCGGGUUCCGACAUUUCCCGCCAAACAACGCCGCCGCCCUCGUUUAUCGGACAUUUUUCCCGGCAAUUUUCUCGGCCAUUUUCCCGCCAUUCACUUUCUCUCUCACUCUAUACCUCGAAGUUCUUUCAUCUUCUUCAAUCUCGUACGCCGUUUUAUCUCUCUCUCUCUACCGUUCGUCGCCACGACACUCAUCAAAGAAGCAAAUGUCCUCAUCUCGUCGAACCAGCAAUGGCCGAUCGCCAUUGGUAAACCAACAACGUCAAAUCACUUCCUUCUUUACCAAAAAAUCCACCGGAGACAACUCUACCGAUAAAACUAACCGUGAUUCACAUUUCAAUUCGAGUCCGACUUCAAACCCUAGCCCUAGCAUUAAUUCUCCUUCUUCUGUACAGUCUAAGCGCAAGAAGACCCCGUUGGUGAUCGGCGGCGGGGGCGGCGCUGCAUCUUCUUCUCCCGGUCCUUCUCCUAUAGCUCAUGUGAAGGAGAAGUCGUACGGGGAUGGGGUUGUUGGGAAGAGAAUAAAGGUUUAUUGGCCGUUGGAUAAGAGCUGGUACGAGGGUCGUGUGAAAAUGUUCGAUGAGAAGGAUGGGAAGCAUCUGGUGCAGUAUGACGAUGCGGAGGAGGAGUCACUGGUGUUGGGGAAUGAGAAGAUCGAGUGGGUUGAGGAAAGUGAGAAGAAGUUAAAACGAUUGCGACGGGGUUCUUCAUCGCCGAUGAAUGCGGCGGUGGUAGAAGAUAUCGAAGAGGAUUUGAACGAUGGGGACGCCAGCGAUGAUUCAAGAGAUGAAGAUUGGGGGAAGGGAAAGAAUGUGGAGAAUGAGGUGAGUGAUGAGGAGGAUUUGGAGUUGGUGGAGGAAGAUGAAGAAGAUGAGAAUGAGGACGAUGGAGUGGGCAAGUCAAGAAGAAAGCAAGGUGGGAAUUUGGAAUCCAAGAAGCGUAAGAUAAGCAAUGGCGAGAAAGUGGUAGGAGCUCCAAAGAAAAGCAAGAGUAGCGGUGGAAACUUGCCUUCUGGGCUUUCUUCAGUGGAGCCUAAGAUCAAAUCCGAUAGGGUGAAUAUCUUGAAUGGAAUGAAUGAAAUUGCGAACGAUGCCUUAGAAAGGUUCAACACGCGAGAAGCUGAAAAGUUCCGAUUUCUAAAGGAAGACAGGAAGGAUGCAAACAAAAGACAUCCAGGAGAUCCUGAUUAUGAUCCAAGAACUUUGUAUUUGCCUCCUCAUUUCUUGAAGAAUUUAUCAGAUGGUCAGAGACAAUGGUGGGAGUUUAAGUCAAAGCACAUGGAUAAAGUUCUGUUUUUCAAGAUGGGGAAAUUUUAUGAACUUUUUGAAAUGGAUGCACACGUAGGAGCUAAGGAGCUUGAUUUGCAAUAUAUGAAGGGAGAACAACCUCACUGUGGCUUCCCUGAGAAGAACUUUUCAAUGAAUGUGGAGAAGUUGGCAAGGAAGGGUUAUCGAGUUCUUGUUAUAGAGCAGACAGAAACUCCUGAACAGUUAGAGAGACGACGAAAGGAGAAAGGUUCUAAGGAUAAGGUUGUGAAACGGGAAAUAUGUGCAGUAGUCACAAAAGGAACACUAACUGAGGGUGAGAUGCUAUCUUUGAAUCCUGAUGCUUCAUAUCUCAUGGCAGUAACUGAAAAAUUCCAUGGCUUGGAAAGCCAGCCAGCAGAACGGAUUUUAGGGGUUUGUGUGGUUGAUGUGGCCACCAGUAGGAUUAUCCUUGGGCAGUUUGGUGAUGAUGCGGAGUGCAGUGCUCUGUGCUGUCUUUUGUCCGAGCUUAGGCCAGUUGAAAUUAUUAAACCUUCUAAACUGCUAAGUCCUGAAACGGAGAGGGUGCUACUCACUCAUACGAGAAAUCCUUUAGUGAAUGAGUUAGUUCCAUUAUUGGAAUUCUGGGAUGCUGAGAAAAGUGUUCACGAAGUCAAGAGAUUGUUUAAGGGCAUUGCUAAUCGAUCAUUCCCUGGAUCGUCUAAUGAAGAAAGUUUACUCAAUGAUGAUGUUCCUGGAGAAAAAGAUGGGUUGGGCUACUUGCCAGAUGUUUUAUCUGAACUAAUUAAUGCACGUGAAAAUGGGUCUUGGGCACUUUCAGCUCUUGGAGGAAUCCUUUUCUAUUUGAAGCAGGCUUUCCUGGAUGAGGCCUUGCUUAGAUUUGCGAAGUUUGAAUUGCUUCCUUGUUCUGGCUUCAAGGAUGUUAUUUCAAAACCCUACAUGGUUCUUGAUGCAGCUGCCUUGGAGAAUCUGGAGAUCUUUGAGAACAGUAGAAAUGGGGGCUCUUCUGGGACGCUCUAUUCACAAUUGAACCACUGUGUAACUGCAUUUGGGAAAAGGUUACUUAAGACAUGGCUUGCAAGACCUUUAUAUCACGUAGAAUCAAUUAAAGCUAGGCAGGGUGCUGUGGCGAGCCUACGGGGAGAUAACUUAUCUUAUUCUCUUGAGUUUCGGAAAGCAUUAUCCAAACUCACAGAUAUGGAGCGUUUACUUGCUCGCAUUUUUGCUAGUAGUGAGGCAAAUGGGAGGAAUGCAACAAAUGUGGUUCUAUAUGAGGAUGCGGCAAAAAGACAGCUUCAAGAGUUUAUAUCUGCUUUGCGUGGUUGUGAGCUCAUGCUCCAAGCAUGUUCAUCGCUUCGUGUCAUUUUGGAAAAUGUUGAAUCAAGACGACUUGAUUGCCUAUUAACACCUGGUGAAGGUCUUCCUGAUCUCCAGUCAGUUCUUAGUCAUUUCAAGGAUGCUUUUGAUUGGGGUGAAGCCAAUAGUUCGGGACGUAUAAUUCCUCGUGAAAGUGUAGACGUGGAGUAUGACUCUGCUUGUAAAAAAAUCAAGGAGAUACAAUCUAACUUGACAAAGCAUUUAAAGGAACAGAGGAAAUUACUUGGGGAUACAUCAAUCACUUAUGUGACAGUAGGAAAAGAGACUCAUUUGUUGGAAGUGCCUGAAAGUUUGCAGGGUAGCAUUCCUCAGAAUUAUGAGUUGCGAUCAUCUAAAAAGGGCUUCUUCCGGUACUGGACUCCUAAUAUUAAGAAGUUGUUAGCUGAGCUUUCUCUAGCUGAAUCUGAGAAGGAGUCCUCGCUGAAAAGCAUUUUGCAGAGGUUAAUUGGGAAAUUCUGUGAACAUCAUCUCCAGUGGAGGCAAUUAGUCUCUGCAGUUGCUGAACUUGAUGUUCUGAUCAGCCUAGCAAUUGCAAGUGAUUAUUAUGAGGGUGGCGCAUGUCAACCACUUUUCUCAAAGUCACAGUGUCAAAAGGAAGUGCCACGUUUUUCUGCAAAAAACUUGGGGCAUCCUAUUCUUAGAAGUGAUUCGUUGGGUGAGGGUACAUUUGUCCCCAAUGACAUCAAUAUUGGUGGCUCGAGUGCCAGCUUCAUUCUUCUGACUGGCCCAAACAUGGGUGGAAAAUCGACUCUUCUUCGGCAAGUUUGUUUGUCCGUCGUUCUGGCUCAGAUAGGUGCAGAUGUUCCUGCAGAAAGUUUUGAGUUAGCUCCUGUUGAUCGAAUAUUUGUUCGGAUGGGUGCUAAGGAUCAGAUUAUGUCUGGUCAAAGUACAUUUUUGACAGAACUAUCAGAAACUGCGCUGAUGUUGUCAUCAGCUACCCGUAAUUCAUUGGUGAUAUUGGACGAACUCGGACGUGGGACAGCAACUUCAGAUGGACAGGCAAUUGCUGAAUCAGUUCUCGAACAUUUUGUUAGCAAGGUGCAAUGCAGGGGAGUAUUCUCAACUCAUUAUCACCGAUUAGCCUUGGCUUAUUGUAAAGAUCCUAGGGUUUCAUUGUACCAUAUGGCAUGCCGAGUUGGAGAGGGGACUGGGGGCGUAGAAGAAGUUACAUUUCUCUAUCGUUUGACUCCUGGCACGUGUCCGAAAAGUUAUGGAGUGAAUGUUGCACGGCUAGCUGGACUCCCAAAUUGUGUAUUAACCGAGGCUGCGGCUAAAUCAAGGGAGUUUGAAGCUACUUAUGGUAUUACCGGAGAAGAAUCUGAAGAAAACUUGUGCAAUCAUUCAUGGAUAGAUGGUACAGUGACUUUGAUUCAAAAGUUGAUCAGCCUGGAAUCAACCCUGAGAUGCAACGAUGAAACUGAGAAGAAUGGUAUCAGUUCCUUGAAACAGCUUCAGCAACAAGCAAGAAUACUUGUCCAGCAAGGUUGACUCGAUCCUCAAGAACGUUCCAUUGGUGACCGACGUUUUUGGCUACGCCUGGGGCGCUGCACUUCAUUCCAUUUUUUGGCAUUGCUUUCACCAGCAACAUCUGUUUGUAUGACUGCGAAGGUUAGCUCGAAAGCAAGUACUUCCAUAACGAAGGUGUUUUUCCAAAAUCAAACGUUGUUGUUCAGCAUCUUGGACUAGCCAUCCCGAGCAGUCUCCCCUCACACAUUGGGAAGGUUUCUAGCUUCUCCGUCUGAACGAGCUUUUGGACUGGAGUCGAAAGUCUUAGUAAGAAGCUCCCGUUGUGUACAUUGUUAUCGUUCGUUAGUCAUUACAAAGUUUGUAAAGUAUUCUUGAAGUAGGCCAGGGGGUUUGGUCGCCAUAUCCCAGUGGAUAAAAAGCUCUUUUGGUUGGCUAUCAAAGCUUAGUUGUAUUAGGUGAAAUGCCAUAAACCGACCUUCAAUUUAAAACCAUGGGCCAUUUUCAUA